AUGGCUGCCAAUGACAAGGACCUAGCGUCAUCGUCCUUGGUGCCAGCCCCCGAUGAUGACUACAUCGAUUGGGACCUCUUGAUGGUGGAUACAGAGGAGGAGUAUGAGAUAGAGAAAGAGAUUGCCAACGACGAGGUGAUCACUCAUGCUGUCCAUGAGGAGGAACUCAUCAGCCAAGCCGAGGGAACAACAGAGGACAUCGUUAGUGACGAGGCCAUCGCACACCUCUUGGCGGAGGAGCUGGAGAUGGGCAGCGACUCUGAGAUCGAUGACGGCGAGGAGGAGGAGGAGGAUGAGGAGAUGUGUGGUGACUCAGAUACCGAUGACGACGACAAGGAGGAGGAGGAGAUGGGCGGUGACUCUGAUGUGGCCGACGAGGAUAGGAGGAGGAGGAGGAGGAGAUGUGCGACUCCGACAUGA